AUGGAAGGCUGUGACUCGCCUGUCGUCUCGGGGAAGGACAAUGGGUGCGGUAUCCCUCAGCACCAGCAAUGGACUGAACUCAACAGCACCCACCUCCCCGACAAACCCAGUAGCAUGGAGCAGUCCGCAAGCGAGAACCACGGGCCCCUGGAGAGCCUGAGGGCCCCCUUCAAUGAACGCCUCGCGGAGAGCACCGCCCCGGCUGGCCCCGCUGCCGAGCCCGCCGGCAAGGAGGUCAGCUGCAACGAGUGCUCGGCCUCCUUCGCCAGCCUCCAGACCUACAUGGAGCACCACUGCCCCAGCGCGCGCCCCCCGCUCCCCCUGAGAGAGGAGAGCGGGAGCGACACCAGUGAGGAGGGGGACGAGGAGAGUGAUGUGGAGAACCUGGCUGGGGAGAUCGUCUACCAGCCCGAUGGCUCGGCCUACAUCGUCGAGAGCCUGAGCCAGCUGACCCAAAGCGGUGGCGCCUGUGGCAGCGGCAGCGGGCCUCUCCCUUCGCUCUUCCUGAACUCUCUCCCCGGGGCGGGGGGCAAACAAGGGGACCCUUCUUGUGCUGCACCAGUCUACCCACAGAUCAUCAACACUUUCCACAUAGCCUCAUCCUUCGGGAAAUGGUUUGAGGGCCCAGACCAGGCUUUCCCGAAUACCUCAGCCCUGACGGGGCUCAGCCCCGUCCUGCACAGCUUCCGCGUUUUUGACGUGCGACACAAAAGCAACAAGGAUUACCUGAACAGCGACGGCUCUGCCAAAAGCUCCUGCGUAUCCAAAGAUGUUCCCAACAAUGUGGACCUGUCCAAAUUCGAUGGCUUUGUGCUCUACGGCAAGAGGAAGCCCAUCCUGAUGUGUUUCUUGUGCAAACUGUCCUUCGGGUACGUCCGUUCGUUUGUGACCCACGCGGUGCACGACCAUCGAAUGACCCUGAGUGAAGACGAGCGGAAAAUUCUUAGCAAUAAGAACAUCUCCGCUAUCAUCCAAGGGAUUGGCAAAGACAAGGAACCCCUUGUAAGUUUUUUGGAACCAAAAAACAAAAACUUUCAACACCCUUUAGUUUCCACAGCUAACCUCAUAAGCCCCGGACACAGUUUUUAUGGGAAAUUUAGUGGCAUUCGAAUGGAAGGGGAGGAGGCUCUCCCAGCCGGCUCUGCUGCGGGCCCCGAGCAGCCCCAGGCUGGUAUCUUGACCCCGAGCACCCUCUUGAACCUUGGCGGGCUCACCAGCUCGGUCCUGAAGACCCCCAUUACCUCAGUCCCCCUGGGGCCUCUGGCCUCCAGUCCUACCAAAUCCUCAGAGGGCAAGGACUCUGGGGCAGCAGAAGGAGAGAAGCAAGAAGUGGGCGAUCCUGAUUGCUUCUCCGAGAAAGCAGAGCCAGCCGAGGAGGAGGCGGAGGAGGAAGAGGAGGAGGAAGAGGCGGAGGAGGAGGAGGAAGAGGAAGAGGAGGAAGAAGAGGAGGAGGAAGACGAGGGUUGCAAAGGACUCUUUCCAGGCGAGUUGGACGACGAACUGGAGGACAGGCCCCAUGAGGAGUCUGGGGCCGCGGCAGGUAGCAGCAGCAAAAAGGACCUUGCUCUCUCAAACCAAAGCAUUUCUAACUCCCCCUUAAUGCCUAAUGUGCUCCAGACCCUGUCGAGGGGCGCAGCUUCUACUAGUUCUAAUUCUGCUUCUUCCUUUGUUGUCUUUGAUGGUGCGAACAGGAGGAAUCGUUUAAGCUUUAACAGUGAGGGCGUCAGGGCCAAUGUGGCAGAGGGCGGCAGGAGGCUGGACUUUGCUGACGAAAGUGCCAAUAAAGACAAUGCCACAGCACCAGAACCAAAUGAAAGCACAGAGGGCGACGAUGGGGGCUUUGUCCCCCAUCACCAGCACGCUGGCUCCCUCUGCGAGCUUGGGGUUGGGGAAUGCCCCUCGGGGAGCGGCGUGGAGUGUCCCAAAUGCGACACGGUCCUGGGCUCCUCCCGCUCGCUGGGCGGCCACAUGACCAUGAUGCAUUCUCGUAACUCGUGUAAGACACUUAAGUGCCCCAAGUGCAACUGGCACUAUAAGUACCAGCAGACCCUGGAGGCACACAUGAAGGAGAAGCACCCGGAGCCAGGGGGCUCCUGUGUCUACUGCAAAAGCGGGCAGCCCCACCCCCGGUUGGCGCGAGGCGAGAGCUACACUUGUGGUUACAAGCCCUUCCGCUGUGAGGUGUGUAACUACUCCACAACUACCAAAGGCAACCUCAGUAUUCAUAUGCAGUCCGACAAGCAUCUCAACAACAUGCAGAACCUGCAGAACGGAGGGGGGGAGCAGGUGUUCAGCCACUCCGCCGGGGCGGCGGCCGCGGCGGCCGCUGCUGCGGCCGCAGCGGCCAACAUUGGCAGCUCUUGCGGGGCCCCCUCGCCCACCAAACCAAAAACCAAGCCCACCUGGCGGUGCGAGGUGUGCGACUACGAGACCAACGUGGCCAGAAACCUGCGCAUCCACAUGACCAGCGAGAAGCACAUGCACAACAUGAUGCUCCUGCAGCAGAACAUGACCCAGAUCCAGCACAACCGCCACCUGGGCCUCGGCAGCCUGCCGUCGCCCGCCGAGGCCGAGCUCUACCAGUACUACCUGGCCCAGAACAUGAACCUGCCCAACCUGAAGAUGGACAGCACUGCCUCUGACGCGCAGUUCAUGAUGAGCGGAUUCCAGCUGGACCCCGCCGGGCCCAUGGCCGCCAUGACGCCUGCUCUAGUGGGCGGUGAGAUCCCCCUAGACAUGCGCCUCGGGGGCGGGCAGCUGGUGUCCGAGGAGCUGAUGAACCUGGGCGAGAGCUUCAUCCAGACCAACGACCCGUCACUGAAGCUCUUCCAAUGCGCCGUCUGCAACAAGUUCACCACGGAUAACCUGGACAUGCUGGGGCUGCACAUGAACGUGGAGCGCAGCCUCCCGGAGGAUGAGUGGAAGGCCGUGAUGGGGGACUCGUACCAGUGCAAGCUCUGCCGCUACAACACCCAGCUCAAGGCCAACUUCCAGCUGCACUGCAAGACGGACAAGCACGUGCAGAAGUACCAACUGGUGGCCCACAUCAAGGAGGGCGGCAAAGCCAACGAGUGGCGGCUCAAGUGCGUGGCCAUCGGCAACCCCGUCCACCUCAAGUGCAAUGCGUGUGACUACUACACCAACAGCUUGGAGAAGCUGCGGCUGCACACGGUCAACUCCAGGCACGAGGCCAGCCUGAAGCUGUAUAAGCACCUGCAGCAGCACGAGAGCGGAGUGGAGGGCGAGAGCUGCUACUACCACUGCGUCCUGUGCAACUAUUCCACCAAGGCCAAGCUCAACCUCAUCCAGCACGUGCGCUCCAUGAAGCACCAGCGCAGCGAGAGCCUGCGGAAGCUGCAGCGGCUGCAGAAGGGUCUCCCGGAGGAGGACGAGGACCUGGGGCAGAUCUUCACCAUCCGCAGGUGCCCUUCCACCGAGCCAGAAGAAGCCGUGGAAGAUGUUGAAGGCCCCAGUGACACGGCUGCUGACCCAGAGGAGCUCGCUAAAGACCAGGAGGGGGGAGUCGAGAAGGAUCAGAGCAAGUGGACAGCGUCGUCCAGCCAAGCAGAGAAGGAGCUGACAGAUUCUCCUGCAACCUCCAAACGCAUCUCCUUCACAGGUAGCUCGGAAUCUCCUCUCUCUUCAAAGCGACCUAAAACAUCAGAGGAGACCAAACCAGAGCAGAUGUACCAGUGCCCCUACUGCAAGUACAGCAACGCUGACGUCAACCGGCUCCGGGUGCACGCCAUGACGCAGCACUCCGUGCAGCCCAUGCUGCGCUGCCCCCUGUGCCAGGACAUGCUCAACAACAAGAUCCAUCUCCAGCUGCACCUCACCCACCUCCACAGCGUGGCGCCUGACUGCGUGGAGAAGCUCAUUAUGACGGUGACCACCCCUGAGAUGGUGAUGCCCAGCAGUAUGUUCCUGCCAGCAGCUGUUCCAGACCGAGAUGGGAACUCCACUUUGGAGGAGGCAGGAAAGCAGCCUGAAACCUCAGAGGAUCUGGGAAAGAACAUCUUGCCCUCUGUAAGCGCAGAGCACAGUGGAGAUCUGAAACCCUCUUCUGCUGACCCAGGCUCUGUGAGAGAAGAUUCCGGCUUCCUAUGCUGGAAGAAGGGGUGCAAUCAGGUUUUCAAAACUUCCGCCACUCUUCAGACGCACUUCAAUGAGGUUCAUGCCAAGAGGCCUCAGCUGCCUGUGUCAGAUCGCCAUGUGUACAAGUAUCGCUGUAAUCAGUGCAGCCUGGCUUUCAAGACCAUUGAAAAGCUGCAGCUCCAUUCUCAGUACCACGUGAUCAGAGCUGCCACAAUGUGCUGUCUUUGUCAGCGUAGUUUCCGAACUUUUCAGGCUCUGAAAAAACACCUUGAGACAAGCCAUCUGGAGCUGAGUGAGGCUGACAUCCAACAGCUUUAUGGAGGCCUUCUGGCCAAUGGGGACCUCCUGGCUAUGGGAGACCCUACCCUGGCAGAGGACCACACCAUAAUUGUUGAGGAAGACAAGGAGGAAGAGAGUGACUUAGAAGACAAACAGAGCCCAACGGGCAGCGACUCUGGGUCAGUACAAGAAGAUUCAGGCUCAGAGCCAAAGAGAGCUCUACCUUUCAGAAAAGGCCCCAACUUCACCAUGGAAAAAUUUCUAGACCCUUCUCGCCCUUACAAGUGUACAGUCUGCAAGGAAUCUUUCACUCAAAAGAACAUCCUACUAGUGCACUACAAUUCUGUCUCCCACCUGCAUAAGUUAAAGAGAGCCCUUCAGGAAUCGGCAACUGGUCAGCCAGAACCCACCAGCAGCCCAGACAACAAACCUUUCAAGUGUAACACUUGUAACGUGGCCUAUAGCCAGAGUUCCACUUUGGAGAUCCACAUGCGGUCUGUGUUGCAUCAAACCAAGGCCCGAGCAGCCAAGCUGGAAGCUGCAAGUGGCGGUAGCAACGGGACGGGGAACAGCAGCAGUGUCUCCCUGAGCUCCUCCACCCCAAGUCCUGUGAGCACCAGUGGCAGCAACACCUUUACCACCACCAAUCCCAGCAGCGCUGGCAUCCCUCCGAGCUCCAAUUUACUGAGCCAAGUGACCACUGAAAGUGUAGGGAUGCCGCCCCUGGGGAAUCCCAUCAGUGCCAACAUCACUUCCCCUUCAGAGCCCAAGGAGGCCAAUCGGAAGAAGCUGGCGGAUAUGAUUGCAUCCAGGCAGCAGCAGCAGCAGCAGCAGCAGCAGCAACAGCAGCAGCAGCAGCAGCAACAGCAGCAGCAGCAGCAGCAGCAGCAGCAAGCACAGACACUGGCCCAGGCCCAGGCCCAAGUUCAAGCUCACUUGCAGCAGGAGCUGCAGCAGCAGGCUGCCCUGAUCCAGUCCCAGCUGUUUAACCCCACCCUGCUUCCUCACUUCCCCAUGACCACAGAGACCCUGCUGCAGCUGCAGCAGCAGCAGCAUCUCCUCUUCCCCUUCUACAUCCCCAGCGCCGAGUUCCAGCUCAACCCCGAGGUGAGCUUGCCAGUGACCAGCGGGGCGCUGACACUGACGGGGACAGGCCCGGGCCUGCUAGACGAUCUGAAGGCUCAGGUUCAGAUCCCACCACAGAGCCACCAGCAGAUCCUGCAGCAGCAACAGCAAAGCCAGCUCUCUCUGUCCCAGACUCACUCUGCCCUGCUCCAGCCCAGCCAGCACUCCGAAAAGAAAAACAAACCGAUCAGCAAAGAAAAGGAAAAAGAAAGCCAGAGAGAGAGGGACAGUGCCGAGGUGGGAGAGGGCAACCCAGGACCCAAGGAAUCGCUGCCGGAUGCCUUGAAGGCUAAAGAGAAGAAAGAGUUGGCACCAGCAGCUAGUUCUGAGCCUUCCAUGCUCCCUCCACGCAUUGCCUCAGACGCAAGAGGCAACGCCACCAAGGCCCUGCUGGAGAACUUUGGCUUUGAGCUGGUCAUUCAGUACAAUGAGAACAAGCAGAAGGUGCAGAAGAAGAAUGGGAAGACGGAGCAGGGAGAGAAUCUGGAAAAGCUUGAGUGUGACUCCUGUGGCAAGAUGUUUUCUAACAUCUUGAUUUUGAAGAGUCAUCAAGAACAUGUUCAUCAAAACUAUUUUCCCUUUAAACAGCUAGAGAGAUUUGCUAAACAGUACCGAGAGCACUACGACAAACUGUACCCCCUGAGGCCCCAGACCCCAGAGCCGCCGCCGCCUCCUCCCCCCCCACCUCCUCCACCCCCUCUUCCUGCAGCACCACCUCAGCCCGCUUCCACACCGGCCAUCCCCGCGCCCGCCCCGCCCAUCACCUCGCCCACGAUUGCGCCCACCCAGCCCUCCGUGCCGCUCACCCAACUCUCCAUGCCCAUGGAGCUGCCCAUCUUCUCACCACUGAUGAUGCAGACGAUGCCGCUGCAGACCUUGCCGGCUCAGCUGCCCCCUCAGCUCGGACCUGUGGAGCCUCUGCCUGCGGACCUGGCCCAGCUGUACCAGCAUCAGCUCAACCCCAGCCUGCUCCAGCAGCAGAACAAGAGGCCUCGCACCAGGAUCACCGAUGACCAGCUCCGGGUCCUGCGGCAGUAUUUUGACAUUAACAACUCCCCCAGUGAAGAGCAGAUCAAAGAAAUGGCAGACAAGUCUGGGUUGCCCCAGAAAGUGAUCAAGCACUGGUUCAGAAACACCCUCUUCAAAGAGCGGCAGCGGAACAAGGAUUCCCCUUACAACUUCAGCAAUCCUCCUAUCACCAGCCUGGAGGAGCUCAAGCUCGACUCCCGGCCCCCUUCGCCGGAACCUCAGAAGCAGGAGUACUGGGGAAGCAAGAGGUCUUCGAGAACAAGGUUUACUGACUACCAACUGAGGGUCCUACAGGACUUCUUUGAUGCCAAUGCUUAUCCAAAGGAUGAUGAAUUUGAGCAACUCUCUAAUUUACUCAACCUUCCAACCCGAGUCAUCGUGGUGUGGUUUCAGAAUGCCCGACAGAAGGCCAGGAAGAAUUAUGAGAAUCAGGGGGAGGGUAAAGACGGAGAGCGGCGUGAGCUUACAAAUGACAGGUAUAUUCGAACAAGCAACCUGAACUACCAGUGCAAAAAAUGUAGCCUGGUGUUUCAGCGCAUCUUUGAUCUCAUCAAGCAUCAGAAGAAGCUGUGUUACAAGGAUGAGGAUGAGGAGGGGCAGGAUGACAGCCAGAAUGAGGAUUCCAUGGAUGCCAUGGAAAUCCUGACACCCACCAGCUCCUCCUGCAGCACCCCGAUGCCCGCACAGGCCUACAGCGCCCCGGCACCGUCAGCCAACACAGCUUCCUCAGCCUUCCUACAGCUCACAGCGGAGGCCGACGAACUGGCCACUUUCAGUUCAAAAACAGAGGCAAGCGAUGAGAAACCAAAGCAGGCUGAACCUCCCAGUGCACAGCCAAACCAAACCCAAGAAAAGCAAGGACAACCAAAGGCAGAGCUGCAGCAAGACCAGCCUGAGCAGAAGACAAACGCGGCCCAGCAAAAGCUGCCCCAGCUCACUUCCCCCACUUCGUUACCACAGCCUCCUCCACAAGCACCCCCGCCUCAGUGCCCCUUACCCCAGUCGAGCCCCAGUCCUUCCCAGCUCUCCCACUUGCCCCUCAAGCCCCUCCACACGUCGACUCCUCAACAGUUGGCAAACCUACCUCCUCAGCUAAUCCCCUACCAGUGUGAUCAGUGUAAGUUGGCAUUUCCGUCGUUCGAGCACUGGCAGGAGCAUCAGCAGCUUCAUUUCCUGAGUGCGCAGAACCAGUUCAUCCACCCCCAGUUUUUGGACAGGUCACUGGAUAUGCCUUUCAUGCUGUUUGACCCUAGUAACCCACUCCUGGCGAGCCAGCUGCUCUCUGGGGCUAUACCUCAGAUUCCAGCCAGCUCGGCCACGUCUCCUUCGACUCCAACCUCCACAAUGAACACUCUGAAGAGGAAGCUGGAGGAAAAGGCCAGUGCGAGCCCUGGAGAAAACGACAGUGGCACGGGAGGAGAAGAGCCUCAGAGAGACAAGCGUUUGAGGACAACCAUUACACCAGAACAGCUGGAGAUCCUGUACCAAAAGUAUCUCUUAGACUCCAAUCCAACUCGAAAGAUGUUGGAUCACAUCGCGCACGAGGUGGGCUUGAAGAAACGUGUGGUACAGGUCUGGUUCCAGAAUACCCGAGCCCGGGAACGGAAAGGACAGUUCCGUGCGGUGGGCCCAGCGCAGGCCCACCGAAGAUGCCCUUUUUGCAGAGCACUCUUCAAAGCCAAGACUGCCCUCGAGGCUCAUAUCCGGUCCCGUCAUUGGCAUGAAGCCAAGAGAGCAGGCUACAACCUCACUCUGUCUGCAAUGCUCUUGGACUGCGAUGGGGGACUGCAGAUGAAAGGGGACAUUUUUGACGGAGCCAGCUUUUCCCACCUACCCCCAAGCAGUAGUGACGGCCAAGGUGUCCCCCUCUCACCUGUGAGUAAAACCAUGGAGUUGUCUCCGCGAACUCUUCUCAGCCCUUCUUCCAUCAAGGUGGAAGGGAUUGAAGACUUUGAAAGCCCCUCCAUGUCCUCCGUUAAUCUGAACUUUGACCAAACUAAGCUGGACAAUGAUGACUGUUCCUCUGUCAACACAGCAAUCACGGAUACCACUACUGGAGAUGAGGGCAAUGCAGAUAAUGACAGCGCGACAGGAAUAGCAACUGAAACCAAAUCCUCUUCCGCACCCAGUGAGGGGUUGACCAAAGCAGCCAUGAUGGCAAUGUCUGAGUAUGAAGAUCGGUUGUCAUCUGGUCUGGUCAGCCCAGCCCCAAGCUUUUACAGCAAGGAAUAUGACAAUGAAGGUACAGUGGACUACAGUGAAACCUCGAGCCUUGCAGACCCCUGCUCCCCGAGUCCUGGUGCAAGUGGGUCCGCAGGCAAAUCUGGAGACAGUGGGGAUCGGCCAGGGCAGAAACGUUUUCGCACUCAAAUGACCAAUCUGCAGCUGAAAGUCCUCAAGUCGUGCUUUAAUGACUACAGGACGCCCACCAUGCUAGAGUGUGAGGUCCUGGGCAAUGAUAUUGGACUGCCAAAGAGAGUUGUUCAGGUCUGGUUCCAGAAUGCCCGGGCAAAGGAAAAGAAGUCCAAGUUAAGCAUGGCCAAGCAUUUUGGUAUAAACCAAACAAGUUACGAGGGACCGAAAACAGAGUGCACUUUGUGUGGCAUCAAGUACAGCGCUCGGCUGUCUGUACGUGACCAUAUCUUUUCCCAGCAGCAUAUCUCCAAAGUUAAGGACACCAUUGGAAGCCAGUUGGACAAGGAGAAAGAAUACUUUGACCCCGCCACUGUACGUCAGUUGAUGGCUCAACAAGAGUUGGACCGGAUUAAGAAGGCCAAUGAGGUCCUCGGACUGGCAGCUCAGCAGCAAGGGAUGUUUGACAAUGCCCCUCUUCAGGCUCUUAACCUUCCUACAGCAUAUCCGGCGCUCCAGGGCAUUCCUCCUGUGUUGCUCCCCGGCCUCAACAGCCCUUCCUUGCCGGGCUUUACUCCAUCCAACACAGCUUUAACAUCUCCUAAAGCGAACUUGAUGGGUCUGCCCAGCACAACCGUUCCUUCCCCUGGCCUCCCCACAUCUGGAUUACCAAAUAAACCGUCCUCAGCAUCGCUGAGCUCCCCGACCCCAGCACAAGCCACCAUGGCGAUGGCCCCUCAGCAACCCCCCCAACCCCAGCAGCAGCAGCCACAGGUGCAGCCGCCGCCGCCCACAACUCAGCCACCCCCGACGCCGCAGCUCCCGCCACAACAGCAGCAACAGCAACGCAAGGACAAAGACAGCGAGAAGGUAAAGGAGAAGGAAAAGGCACACAAAGGGAAAGGGGAGCCCCUCCCUGUCCCCAAGAAGGAGAAAGGAGAGGCCCCCGCAGCGGCCACAGCCACGCUCUCGGCCCCGCUGCCCGCCAUGGAGUACGCAGUGGACCCUGCGCAGCUGCAGGCCCUGCAGGCAGCCCUGACUUCAGACCCCACAGCGUUGCUCACGAGCCAGUUCCUUCCUUACUUUGUACCAGGCUUCUCUCCUUAUUAUGCCCCCCAGAUCCCUGGCGCCCUGCAGAGCGGGUACCUGCAGCCUAUGUAUGGCAUGGAAGGCCUGUUCCCCUACAGCCCUGCGCUGUCGCAGGCCCUGAUGGGGCUGUCCCCGGGCUCCCUACUGCAGCAGUACCAGCAAUACCAGCAGAGUCUGCAGGAGGCGAUCCAGCAGCAGCAGCAGCGGCAACUACAGCAGCAGCAGCAAAAAGUGCAGCAGCAGCCCAAAGUAAGCCAAACCCCAGUCCCCCCGGGGGCUGCUUCCCCAGACAAAGACCCUGCCAAAGAAUCCCCCAAACCAGAAGAGCAGAAAAACGCACCCCGUGAGGUGUCCCCCCUCCUGCCGAAACCCCCCGAAGAGCCAGAAGCGGAAAGCAAAAGUGCGGACUCCCUCUACGACCCCUUCAUUGUUCCAAAGGUGCAGUACAAGUUGGUCUGCCGCAAGUGCCAGGCGGGCUUCGGUGACGAGGAGGCGGCGAGGAGCCACCUGAAGUCCCUCUGCUUCUUCGGCCAGUCUGUGGUGAACCUGCAAGAGAUGGUGCUUCACGUCCCCACGGGCGGCGGCGGCAGUGGCGGCGGCGGCGGCGGCGGCGGCGGCGGCGGCGGCGGCGGUAGUGGCGGCGGCUCGUACCACUGCCUGGCGUGCGAGAGCGCGCUCUGUGGGGAGGAAGCUCUGAGUCAACAUCUCGAGUCGGCCUUGCACAAACACAGAACAAUCACGAGAGCAGCAAGAAACGCCAAAGAGCACCCUAGUUUAUUACCUCACUCUGCCUGCUUCCCCGAUCCUAGCACCGCAUCUACCUCGCAGUCUGCCGCUCACUCAAACGACAGCCCCCCUCCCCCGUCGGCCGCCGCCCCCUCCGCGUCCUCCGCUUCCCCCCACGCCUCCAGGAAGUCGUGGCCGCCAGUGGUCUCCCGGGCUUCGGCCGCGAAGCCCCCUUCUUUUCCUCCUCUCUCCUCAUCUUCAACGGUUACCUCAAGUUCAUGCAGCACCUCAGGGGUUCAGCCCUCGAUGCCAACAGACGACUAUUCGGAGGAGUCUGACACGGAUCUCAGCCAAAAGUCCGACGGACCGGCGAGCCCGGUGGAGGGUCCCAAAGACCCCAGCUGCCCCAAGGACAGUGGUCUGACCAGUGUAGGAACGGACACCUUCAGAUUGUAAGCUUUGAAGAUGAACAAUACAAACAAAUGAAUUUAAAUAAAAAGAUUAAUAACAAACCAAUUUCAAAAAUAGACUAACUGCAAUUCCAAAGCUUCUAACCAAAAAAAAAAAAAAAAAAAAAAAAAAAAGAAUAAAAAAAGAAAAAAAAGGAAAAAAAAAGAAAAAGCGUGGGUUGUUUUCCCAUAUACCUAUCUAUGCCGGUGAUUUUACAUUCUCGUCUUUUCUUUUUUUCUUUUAAUAUUAAAAAAGAAAAAAAAAACCCUUAACCCUGUUACAUUGUGUCCUUUUGAAGGUACUAUUGGUCUGGGAAACAGAAGUCCGCAGGGCCUCCCUAAUGUCUUUGGAGCUUAAACCCCUUGUAUAUUUGCCCCUUUUCAAUAAACACCCACGUUGAUAGCACAGAGGAGCCCGGCAUGCACUGUAUGGGAAAGCAGUCCACCUUGUUACAGUUUUAAAUUUCUUGCUAUCUUAGCAUUCAGAUACCAAUGGCUUGCUAAAAGAAAAAAAAAGAAAUGUAAUGUCUUUUUAUUCUCAGGUCAAUCGCUCACACUUUGUUCUGUUUUCAGAAUCAUUGUUUUAUAAUAUAUUUUCAGUUUUUUUUUUGUUUUUUGGGGGUUUUUUUGUUCCAGAAAAGAUUUUUUUGUUUCAUUAAUUUAAAAAACGGGCAGAAAGUAUUCGAGAAAAACAAUGUGAACUGCUUUAGCUUUCUGGGGAUUUAAGGGAUAGCUUUUCUGCUGAAGCCAAUUUCAAGGGGAAAAGUUAAGCACUCCCACUUUCAGAAAAAAAAAAAAAGAAAAACCCACACACAGAGUGUUGAGGACUUGUAGCUUAAAAAAAAAUAAGUUUUAAAAACUGACUUUCUGUAUUUAUGAUAGAUAUGACCAUUUUUGGUGUUGAGUAGAUUGUUGCAUUGGAAAUGAACUGAAGCAGUAUGGUAGAUUUAAAGGAAAAAAAAAAAACCUUUUGUGUACAUUUAGCUUUUUGUAUGGUCCAGCUGACAGCUCCUCAUUUGAUGUUGUCUUGUUCAUUCCUAGCAAAUAGAUUGCAAUCCGUUGAUUCGCCUAAGCUUUUCUCCCCUUUGUCCCUUAAUUCCACUUUCUCCUUCCUCCUCCCAGCCUAUAAUCUCCCACUUAAGGUAGCUGCCUUCAUUUCUUAGAGGGUAGCUGCAGAAUUAUUUUAUAAAACUAAAGAAAGAAUUUCAAAAGGUUCUAGGGGUCAUUAGGAUCCUCACAGAUUAUUUUUGGUUGGGGAGUUGAAACUUUUUAAAGGCAUAUAAUUCUAGUUACCUAUGUCUGUGAGCCUUGUGCCAUUUAAUUUUUAUUGAUCUUUCCUUUAACUUUUCUUUUUUUCCCUUCUUUUCUUCCUUGUUUGGUGGAUGCUUCAAAUAUUCUUUUCCUAAACUAAAGCGUUUGUUUCGGUUUGUGUCAUUGGACUGUGUGCUUUUCUUUCUAAAAAAGUUUUUGGUUAGGGGUUUUGUUUUUGUUUUCUUUCCUCUCAGAAAAAGAAAUUUCAUGCUUUAAAUAAAAUCCAAAGACACACCCUUUCACUGCUGAUGCAGAAAAAAGGGAAAGGGUUCUUGUUACUUGAGAAUUUGUUUCUGAUUUAAACAAACAAGACUUAGUUUAAUAAAAGAAAGAAUAAACAAAAGAUUCCCAGGUUGUUAUGUGCUUCUUCUGCAAGCAGAGAGGCAACUGUUAAUGACAAUUCCAUAUACCAAAAGACACAUUUUUUACUUCAAAGUUUUGUCCUUGUGUUAGGCAGUCUGAGCGGCGAGUGAUCCAGAGCGCGGCCAACAGAGAAGCAGGUAGCAAUGGACAGAGAGCAAAAAAGGAACCGUAUGUGAGGCACUUGUAUUGAUGUUAAUAUCUGUAUUCCUGUACCACGUAACACAAUGCAACAUACUCCCUUUCUCAUCUUAAAACAACGGUCUGAACUUUGAAAGGAAAACUUUGUGCUGCUAAAACGUAGAUUUUGGAGACAAGUAGAUGCUUUGCUGUUUCACUUUUCAUAGCCAAACAUCAACAGAAACAAUCUCCCCUUGCCCCCAAAGUGUGAAACCCUUCUCCCUCUCAUUCUCUUCCUUAUGUUUCAAAAGGGAACUUUGAAGACUGUGAAUGCAGGUCCCAUUGGUCAUCUUUUGGGCUUCUUUCCCCAGUGCUGAAGCCACUCAACGACUUUGCAAAAGACUGGAGCAUUCCAAGAUCUGAAAAUGGAUUUCUUUUUUUCUUUUUUUCUCUUCUUUUUUAGCCGGGACUGUUUUAUUUUUAUGAAUUUGUUUUUGGUUCAAUGAAAGAGUAGAUCCUGAACUGUUGUAUAUAUUUCUAACUAGGCUGAUGCACAGUGCAAAUUCCUUUUUUAAAUUUUUUUAAGUAGAAAUACUAAAGAGUACCAUCUAACUAUUCAUACCAGUAUCCAGUUGUAGCAUAAGGUGUCAAAAACGAGUACACAAAAACAUUUGCUGUUUUAACAAGCGAUUUUCUUUUAACAAGAAUUCUUGUAUUUCUCCCUGUGUUUGAGAUGAACAUUUUUAAAUUUUAAAGUUGUACAGUUUUUUUUUUUGUUUUCCAUUAUUUUAUCUUGUUUGUAACUCUAUGAAAUAUAUAUAUAUUUUUUGCCAUUUAACUGUUGUAUGUUACUCUGUGUCUGUACCAUAUAGAAAAAAAAUGUUUUUGUUUUUGGUUUUCUAUGUGAUACCAAUUAACAAUUUAACACUAGCUUUACCUGUCAAAUUCUGCUAGGUUUUUUUCUGAAAACUUUGUUUUAAAAAAUGAUAUUGCUUGGUAAUAGUGCAAUUUCUAUUCCUGUCCCUCCCUCCCUCAACUUUAAGUUCAUUUCCUUGUAAUUUAGCCACCCCCUCCACAAUGGUGUUCUUUUGUUGGUUGGUUGGUUUUGAGCUACUCCGCCAUCCUCCCUCUGUGAGGCAGAGUGACUGUCAGUGUUUUGUUAUGCCAUGCCUUGACCUGUGGGUGUAUUUGGCAACAGCAAGGUGGCUGGGUAGAUUGGCUAAGCACGCUUCCACCCACCAGUGUUUCUCAGAGGGGUUAUGUGAUUGUUUCAUCCUGGAGUGGGUUGCACAUUUGAUGCUUUCCUCUACAGCUCUAUCACCCACAUAUAUGUUCAUUCAAAAAAGAAAAAAUAAUUCUCAGCAUUAACUCAGAAGUAGCAAAGCAGUCAGUGAUGGUGACAAUUAGAGGUCAAACGUGAGCUAGUUAGAUGUUUGUGGGUUGACAUCCACGAUGGCUACGACUGGUAUCCUUUACAAAGCAUGAAUUCACUACAGUGCUCAACUGUUUAGAUUGGUCUCACUAGAAUUUAACUCCUGUCUUGCAUAGUAGGAAGCGGAAUAGGAUAUCUCAACUCACUUUUUAAAUUAGUUCUUCACCUCUAUUGACACUUCAUAUUUUGAUUGGUAGUUGUUGGUUUUUUGUUUUUGUUUUUUCAAAUACUCCAAAGUGUGGGUUGGCGCUUGACACCGGUCGGUCAGUCAUGGCACCAUAUGAACCCACCAAAUGGAACUUAUUUCAACCAUCCUUCCUCCAUCCUUCCAAACAAAAACUUAAGAAGGAAACACACACACACACACACACACACACACACACACACACACACAGAAAUGUUUAAUAAAUCUAGGAAGUUUUUUUUUUAAUUAAAAGCUAUUUAAAGAGAUGAAUGUGGCCAAAGUUUUACAUGAUUGAAAAUAAAGUAAAACAGACGGCAUGUGUUUAAACCUGAGUUUAUCAGGCAUGGCAGGAAGUUGCAGGAGAGAGAGGCAGUGACCCAAGCCAGUGCACUUGAUGUUCAUGGACAUAUAUUUUUUUUAAAUAAAUUAAAUUAAAACAUUUUAAAUAGAAGCAUAAAUUGAGUUGGUUGUUUGUUGGCGCUGAGAUACUGCCCACUGUGAAACAAAGCUUUGACUAGUUUUUUUUUGGUUUGUUUACUUUCUUGGGCUGGGGGGGAGGGGGGCAAGUUUGGGUAGGAAAGAAAGCAUAAAUGAACGUGACCCUGAGGUGAAGAGGUAUAUGAACAGCCUUUGCAAUGUACAAAAAACAAAAAACAAAAAAA